CUUUGACUAGGCAAGGAAUGUUGCGGAUUAAUUGUUCUAGGAACCUCAAAGCAUAUUUUAAUUUUUGUGUAUUUUUGCUACUCUAUAAUGAUGUUUUAUAAAAGCAAAUAUAGCCUAAGUCCCGUGAAGCGAGGUGCCAAACAACCACUUCUAUAACUCUGUAAACUCACUGUAAACCACGGCUUAACGGGGCUUAUUGCUUUAUUUUAGCAUUGUUGUGUGUAAUUUAGGGCUUCAGAGCGGUCAACUAGACUGAUCAACUGUACCUUUACACAAAUAUGCAUUUUCACGCGCGUCUCCUUUAACAUUAAUUUAAACAAAUAACGGGAGUGUCCUUCGUUCCUCGUGCUAAGUUCACUUUGCUACAACUUCCACAGAGGAAGGUUCGUCUUCGAGCAAACCAGGACAACUUGCUGCUGUCAGUCGACCUGACUUGUCAUGACGAGGUCUUCAACAUCAAUGGCAGCUGAGCAAUCACAAUACCAGGCUAUUUCCUUGUCUCAUAUUUCGAACCCAGACUUGGACACGUUUUGAAGGCCAUCAUGACUCUAGGUGAAACAUAGCCAGGAAUCUCGUGAAUCGAAACUGGAGCCAAAGCUAAAGGAGUCAUGAUGCUUCUCAAAAUGCCUAGAUUCAAAAAAUACCAACUACGGCUAAUAUCACUGUGCUUUAGUAGCUUACUGUUCAUGGCGUACUGGGAAAAAAUUGACAAUAACAUUGUAACUCAUGUAAUGUCUUUCUCGUACCGCUACCUUCUCAAUAGCUUCACGUUCAUUAACGCAAGCUUUAGAGCCAAUCCUGAAGACGCUAUAAAGUUCAGCAAUCGCAGAUACCUCAUAAACCAUGAGAGUAAGUGUGACGAAAAGGAUGUUCUGCUCCUGCUCUUUGUGAAAAGCUCCUCUGAGAACUUUGAGAGAAGACAGGCCAUUCGUUCUACUUGGGGUAAUGAGACGUACAUUGAAAGGACGUUGAGUGUUACUGUAAGGGUGCUGUUUGCUCUCGGCCUCCAUCCUGAACCAGCGUACAGAAGCAAACUUAAGAUGCAACUGUUCUUUGAGGACCAAAGAUAUCAUGACCUCAUCCAGCAGGACUUCAUAGACACCUUCCACAAUCUUACUCUGAAGCUACUUUUGCAGCUUGGCUGGAAAGAAACCUACUGCCGCCAUGCCCAGUUCCUCAUGUCUACAGACGAUGAUGUGUUUGUCCACAUUCACAACUUAAUUCAUUACUUGCAAGGGAUCGGCCGCAGUAACAGCAAAGAUCUUUGGAUAGGAAGAGUGCACCGCGGUUCUCCACCCAACCGAGACAAAGAGAGCAAGUACUACGUGUCCCGAGACAUGUACCCGUGGUUGGCUUACCCAGAUUACACCCCUGGAUCUGGGUAUGUCCUCUCUAGGGAUGUAGUUACCAGAAUCUAUAAAGCUUCACUCACCAUAAACCCUUCCUUUCACAUUGAUGACGUCUUUCUCGGAAUCUGUGCUAAAGUGAUGGACAUUGUGCCCAAGGAUCAUUUGUUCUUCUCGGGAGAAGGAAAAGCACCUUAUCAUAGUUGUAUCUACAAUCAGAUGAUGACCUCCCAUGGACACAUCAGCGAUAUUCGCGAAAUGUGGAAGCGUGUAACAGAGGCUGAAGUUGAUCAGAUGCCCUCAGGACUGAGUUGGAGGCUCUACUGUACUGUCAUGAAAGUGAGGCUCCUAUGUGUACCAUUUAUUUCAAACUCUUACCCAUGUAAGGCAGCUUUUUUUUGAACAUGAGUUAUUAAAAGUGAAGGGAAAAAAAGAACCCUUUUGUAACAAGUGCUCAUAUGUAGCAGAUUACUAGUGAAACUUUUAUAUUGUAAUGAUACUGGACUGCACAGGAUCAGUCAGUUCCUUCCUGCAAGGAAGUCUGUGGUAUGUUCUGAGGGGGUAGGGGUGAAAUAAUUUACUGAAAUGAACAUGAAAUAGUUGAAAAGUAAGAUUAAAAAAAGACAUUAGAAGCUCUACCUUUUAUCUCAGGCAGCGACAUGCUGUUCAGCAUACAUUUUGUAGGUUCCUGUUAGGUUGACUGGCAAUCGAAUGAAUUUAGCUUUAAUCUGUAUAUAUCUUGUUUUACUCUGCCUGUAUAUUGUAUGUGUAUAUAUAGAUUUCCAUUCCAUUCUGUUCCGAAAGCAGUGAAACUCUAGCUUGAAUGAAUAGCCAGUCUGUUGCAGGAUAAAUGAAAACAGAUGUAAGCCCAACUUCCAACAGCUUGUAUAGGGAGGAGGGAGGAGGAGGGAGGAGGGGACACACUUCCUCCCAUGCAUUGUUCGUCUACAAGUCGUUAAACUGUUACUUGCACAAGGCGUGGUUUUGUAUACUUUACAGAGAGCAGAAUAUAUUGCUGUGCUGCUGUAUUCAUGUGUGCUUCAUUUACAUAAGAUUGUUAAAUGCUUGUAUUAAUAUUUAGCUUACUUAAUUCGACUCCUAAGCCUGUUUUUGACAACACCCUAAGGGCUGGUGUACAACUUAGGUUACAUUCCUGUAGACAAGUGUUAAUAGUUAUCAAUGACAACACUUGUAUCCUGGUCUGGGAUCAUGGUGAAUAUAUAAUAGACAUUGAUCGAUUCCAAUGGAUGGGCAAUCUGUCUGAAUCCUGGCAUUUGAUUUGAAUGAGUUGAGUGGCAGGCAAAGUCAGUGCAGACAGUAAUUUUUGAUUACAUGCUUUUAAUAUUUCAGGGAUCAGUUUUUGUCCUUUUAGUGGACUACUUUUGCUUUACUGGACACAUCAAGGCUCAAGACUUUGCAGCAUGUCCUCUGUAAACACAUGAAAAAUGGGCUUAUUUGCUAUUCAAAUAUGUUCAACAGGAUACGAAGGUACAAAAGACUUUGUAAAGAAAUGCAAGACCCAUUAUUGUCACAUAGCCUAUACAUUACAUUGCCAACUGUAUGCAGACGCUUAAUCAAAAGUUCUGACAAAAACGCAAAAGGAUUUUGCUAUAGGCUUUUGGAUUGCAGAAAAUAGCAUGAUAAUCUUCACAAACAAGCUAAAUGGGGAAUAGAAACAAACUACAGCAUGGUCUCAUAACUCUUUCAGUUUUUGGGAAGAUGGAACUUGAAGUGCUAAAAUGCUUACACGUUUCCGGAUUUUGGUGUACAAAAAUAAAUCAUCCCUGCAGCAGCA